AUGUUUAUGAUAUUGCUACAGCUGGAAUCAUGGGAUGGUCCUAUAACUAUUGUUAUCGUAAUACCAUCAGCAAACAUAGCACAAUUUCCAUCUGAAGUGCAAUGCAAAAUCAGUGCUCACGUAUUAUUUCGUUCUGACAUGGGAUGCAAUGAAGAUGAAGUGAAUAAACUGAAUCAGAAUAUAAGCGAUUGGAAAUAUCCUGCAAAUGUGGCUAGAAAUGCAGCAAGAAUCGUAGGUUCAGAAUUAACUCUAACUCCUCGAGUGUUAUUUUAA